UAGGUUUCCAACAGCUGAGCCCUCUGGAGGGAAUAAUCUAAUUAGCGAUGAAGUGAAACGAAAUGGAAGCCAUUUUAGUGUUUCAGUUUGUGGUCCGCAAUGGUUGACGUCGUAGAUCCAGGCGUGGUGAAGACAGGGGCGUACAAAUACGAAGAUGGGACACGAUACGUGGGAGAAUGGAACGCGAAGGGCCAGAAGCAUGGCAUGGGCCACUUGGUCUUUCCCGAUGGGACCAGAUACGAUGGAGCCCUUAUCGGUGGCUUGUGCUCUGGGCUGGGAGUCAUGGCGUUUCCAGAUGGCGCCAAGUAUGAAGGCGAGUUUAUGCAAGGUUGGUUCCAUGGGCAUGGCGUGUUUUGGCGCGCUGAUGGCAUGAAGUUCGAGGGAGAGUUUCGCGGGGGCAGAGUGUGGGGUCUUGGGCUAGUAACCUUCAGUGACGGAAGCAACGGUUUUCCCCGAAAUGAGGGUUUCUUUCAAGAUUGCCGCCUGGUGAGGCGCAAGCGGUGUCCUGAAGUAGUGCAACGAGCACAGAAAGUUGCGUACAUGGCGCGUGCGCAAUGUCAACAGAUAUAGACACAUACUAUUCUAUUUUUCAAUGACACAGUUUCUCGAAUUAUUUCUUUAUUACAAGUUUGCUAUAAUAAUCAAUUAUAUAUUUUUUUAAAUCCCUUCCAAUUUCUUGGAAAUUUAUCUUUUGCGCAUAUAUUUUUAUUUUCUGUAAUUUAAUAAAGGCUUUUAGGCGCAUAACAUAAAAACAUAUAAGUAAAUGCAUUUUUGAAGAAAAUAAAACAUUUAUAUUUUCUUGCAAAGGGAGUAAUUUGGUUCAUAAUGUACUACGGUUGGAGAUUGUAAUUUUCUGUUAAAUAAAAUGUGUUUACUAUUAUUGUUGUAUUGAUGGGCUACUCUGCCCACACACCACAGAUAUCGGAAUAAUAUGUUAGAUUAUAGAAGGAUAGUUUGUAAAAAAAAUAAUCAAUAUAAAAUACGGCCGAUGUCCUUUCUAUAUAGUUGUUAUGUGAUUAUAUUAUUGAAAUUUCUGUGCCGGACCGAGUUUUGAAAUAAAAACGUGUCUCCCAAACAUAACAUUUAUUUAAUCAAAAACUACGUAGAGAGCUACAAGAUACAUCCCUUAGACUAAUGGUUGAAUAAAUAAAUUAUCUAUAAAGAUA